GAUGGACAGGCUUCUGCCCCCAACUUUUUGUUUUCCCCUUGCUUCAGAAAUCCAUAUAUAAAGAACACUCACUUUCAUUCCAGACAUUCGCAGAGCACCAAACAAUCUUGGAAGCUUGUGGUCCACUCUCCUCUCGAGAAUUCAUCAUGUACUUUAAGGUCGCUGUUCUUUUUGCUGUGAUUGCUGCCUCCGUGGCACAGUAUGCUGCUCCAAGUUACGCAAAGCCUGAUGAAAUCAAGUACCCACCCCAGCCUUACCAGUUCGGGUACGACAGCAACGACGAGUACGGUAACACCGCCUACCGAAAGGAAAGCGGCGACUCCAACGGCCGAGUCCAGGGAAGCUACGGAUACAAGGAUGCCCAGGGAAUCGAAAGAGUCGUCGAGUACGUCGCUGAUGAGCACGGGUACAGAGCUCAGGUGAAAACUAAUGAACCAGGAACCGAAAACAAGAGCCCUGCCGACAUCGAAUUGUAUGCCAACCCCAUUGCCGUCAACUGGGUACCCCAACCCCAGAGGUACCAGGCUGCUCCAGCUGGUGGGGCCGCUGCUGCUUACAAGCCCCAGUACUAGGAAUUAGGAUAUCAAAUUUCAUCGUCUUCUUCUCUCGUCUAAGCGCACUCUUGUUUGCCAUGAUGACAUUCUGUGUAUUCUUUUGCCACCCACUGAAAUUCCUGAAUCUUGCGAAUAGUAGUGCCAGGUGCAAAGUAAUAAACGUGGAUGUUUUUUUAUGGCGAAUUCUUCCACAUUCCUGAAUCUAUUGUCAGAUUCCAUGCUGUCGAAGCUCUUUUCUGUCAUUCCUACGAAAUACCUGUAAAAUAUUUUUUUCUUUCAUUCCGACAAAAAACCUGUAAAAUAUUUUUUUUACCUGUAUAAAAAUUUAGUUUUGUAAUAAAUUUCUUUCGACUCGUUAA